CUCUUCCGGGGUGGUUGAGGAAGUGCGAAUGGCUGCUGCUCUUUUGGUCCUUCGCAUGUGAAGUUUGCAUCAUUUGCACCGCGCUCUUCUCCGACAACGUGCAGUCACUCUGGCCUUUCAACACUUUCCCUUUCGACAUUUCUCUUUGUUGCCCAGCUUUAUGCUUAGAAGCGAAUCGACCUCACUAGCUUGGUCAGAUGUUCAACAUUCACUCCUUGCUCAUCCCUUAGGCUGUUUUGUUCUCUGUUCUCUGCUCGAGUAUUACUUCUAGCAGUAGCCGCACUGCUUCGCCCCCCAGCGCCCCCGCAGCCCGUUAAACACCGAAUCAUUUGGUUCUACACGAGAUUGCAAUGCCUGAUUGGUCUUUGCUUUGAUACUUGUCAUGUAGCGAUGGAUUGAAGUCCUUGCUUGUUCUUGUUCUGUACUAUGAACUAUUAUCUUAUCUUAUAUUCUCUUUGAGCUUUGCAUCUUUACCCACCUCACACGAUGUUCACCCCCCUGGGCUUAUUCAGGGACAUACCUUGUCCCGAGGGUCAGAGCUGCCCUCUGUUGACCUGUAUAUUUUCUCACAAAGGUCUUGCUUCAAUCGAUGCUAGCGAGGAGGUCACCUCUGCCGUCACUGAACCCUCAGAUGCGAAACCUGGUAACGCCGCGUCAUUCGGAAAAUCCGCCCCGACAAUGUCAGCCCCGCCAGGAAGGAGUGAGAGAGAGCCUCUGUCGGCAUUGUCAAAGGUCGAAGAUAUCAGGCCAAGCGUUCCGGCCAAGCCUGCCACUGAGCCUCGAUCGUCGGUGCCUUCAAAUGCUAUCAAAUUGCAGUCACUGUCUCGCAGGGUCUCUCCACCGCCGAAGCCAGCAUCGACAGCGAAGCAAACGAAUGUGCCGACUGCGAUUGCUAAGACGCAAGCGGCGGCGAAGUCGCGUUCAUCGAGACAGGCUCCGCGGGAAAGUUUGAAUCCUCGCAUGUUGACGAAGGCGCCCGCGCCGCAUGGGACCAGAUUGGCGAUUUUGACGAAACUGCAUGCGGCUAUGUCCUCGCAGAACGAGAAGAUGGCCAAGGACAAAGACAGCAAGGACAAAUGGCUUGUUCUUACACCGAACGAGGUCAUCACGAUGGCAUUGGACGAGGAGGAGAAGACCGCCAGGGGCAAUCCCAGCAUAUAUGCAAAUGUCAUCAAGCUGCGAAUUGUCAGACUCAUGAAGAUAACGAAAGAGGAAUGGACAACUGAGGUGAGGAAUCAUCUCAACGAGCGGUACUACAAGAUCGAUCCCAACACAGAGCAGUCGAAGCCGCGGGCCCUCAGUACUGGGUUGAGUGCAGAAGAGGAAAUCGCGUUGGUAAGCCAGCUCAUUACUCCAGUUGAAGGUCGCGAACAAUAUGGCUAUGUUACAAAGGCACCGUCAGAUGCGGAAGUUGAGAGUGCCAAGAGAGGUGUCGCUGAGUCCAAAGGUUGGGAGAAGUGCGAUCGGUGCGGUGGGAGGUUUCAGGUUUUCCCAGGCCGUCGCGAGGAUGGCUCAUUGACGUCGGGGGGAGAAUGCGUUCACCACCCUGGCAAACCUUUCUAUCCUCCAAGGAAGCAAACGGAUCAUAUAACAGGGCAUAAGGAAGCUUACUAUUCUUGUUGCAAUGAGACGUUGGGCACUUCCUCCGGCUGUACAAGAGGCAAGACACAUGUCUACAAGGUAUCGGAAACUAAACGGCUUGCUUCCGUUCUUCAAUUCACGGAGACGCCGGCACAACCAUUUAAGGGCCCGCUUCAACCAAUUUGCUUCGACUGUGAAAUGGGAUACACCACUCUAGGGCUGGAACUGAUUCGCCUGACCGCGGUUAGCUGGCCUCAAGGUAAAGCACUUCUGGACAUUCUCGUCAGACCAAUGGGUGAAGUACUGGACCUUAAUUCGCGGUUCUCCGGGGUAUUUCCUGAACACUACACCAAAGCGAUACCCUAUGACGGGUUUCAGGAGGAAGCGCCAGAGACAGCACAGGAAGGUGGAGCGGUAGAGGAGCCACCCUUAAGGGUGGUCGAUUCCCCGGCUGCAGCCCGCGCUCUACUGUUCAAUUAUCUCCAGCCCGAUACACCUUUGAUUGGACAUGCCAUUGACAAUGAUCUCAAUGCUUGUCGGAUAAUCCACCCUACCAUCAUUGAUACCGUCAUGCUAUAUCCGCAUCCACGAGGAUUACCGAAUCGAAUGAGCUUGAAGACCUUAUGCCGAAGGCAUCUUGACCGCGAUAUCCAAACCGGUGGUAAUCUGGGGCAUGAUUCGAAGGAGGACGCAAUUGCUACGGGUGACUUGGUCAGAGUCAAGGUGGCUGAGCACUGGAAGGUGCUGAAGUCGAAAGGAUGGCAGAUCCAAGGCGACAGACUUGUGCCUCCACCCGGCACAGCGCCUGGAACCUCAGCAGGGAAACUCGGGCUCGGAGCCGGUCAGAAAAGAGCAAAUGCAAGUAUAGGAAGUUGAUAUCAUCCAUCGAUCCAAGCUGCUAUGUUAGAACCUAUUCUUAUAUGAUAGUUAUGAUACCCAUUCUACGUCUACGUGUCGAGCAAGAGGUGG